AUGACCAGCCCAAAGCAGCAACCACCAACAUUCACUGCAACCCCAGAGUCACUCAUCCAAAACACGAAACACCUAAUCCAACAUGCCCGCGAGACCCAUAACCAAAUCAAAAGAAAUACACAGCCCAAGACCGCAACUUUCAACAACGUCAUUCUCCCACUGGCUCACAUCGACAACAAUCUGGCUUCCAAGACCCAUAUCCUUGUUUUCUACAGAGCGGUUUCGACUGACCCCGAACUGCGGAGUGCCUCCACCGAGGCCCGGAGCCUGCUAGAUAGCUACAAGCUCGAGACGACGAUGGAUGACGGUUUAUUUGCGCUGGUGGACGCUGUCUUUCACCAGAAUGAAGAUUUAGAUACAGAAUCCCAUCGUCUGUUGAAGAAGAUAUAUCUGGGCUUCGUUCGUCAUGGGUUGAGAUUGUCAGCUGGUUACCAGAGAUAUCGGUUUCGGGAGAUCCAGUCACGACUUGGUUGGAUUAAGGGUGAGUUUCAGAAGAACUUGGCCGAGGCGAAUAUUACGGGCAUCUGGUUUACAGCUGGGGAGUUGGAUGGAUUACCAAGUGAAUUUCUAUCCACGUUAAUGAGAAGCCAAGCAGGAGACCCCAAGCUCCGAGUCACAUUCAAUGAUUCAGACCUCUUUCAAACGCUGAGAUAUGCGAAGGACAGUGAGACACGGAGACGCCUUUAUAUCGCUAACGAGAAUAAGUGUGAACAGAAUGUGUCCUUGUUCAGGGAGGCUAUACUACUUCGUAAUGAAGCGGCUCGUCUACUUGGGUAUCCUAGUCAUGCUGCUUUGCGGAUUGAGGAUAAGAUGGCGAAGUGUCCGGAAACUGUGACUUCUUUUCUCGGUGAUUUACAUGCUCGACUGAUAGAUAACGGUAAGAGAGAAGUCGAGAAGCUAAAACAGCUCAAGAAGGCCGAUCUUGAGUCCCAGGGAGAAACAUUCCAUGGCCAGUACUUCCUGUGGGAUCAUCAAUACUAUCAUCGAUUGAUGCUGGAGAAGCAAUACUCGGUACACCAUGACAAGAUUGCGGAAUACUUUCCUCUUCAAAGCACAAUCACCGGCAUGCUGGAGAUCUGCGAGACUUCAUUUGGUUUUUCUUUCACCGAGCUUCAAACACCCGAGAUGACCAAGCUAGCAAGUCAUGGACACACACUCGUCUGGCAUGAAGACGUGCAGAUCUUCAGAGUCAGGAACAGCGACGAGGCCGGUGACUUCAUCGGGUAUCUUUAUAUGGAUCUAUUCCUUCGGGAAGGUAAAUACGCAAAUGCAGCCAACUUCAACCUGAUACCCGGCUUCACCAAAGAAAACGGCACACGCCAAUACCCCGCCACAGCAUUAGUGUGCAACUUCCCCAAACCUAGUUCCAAAGCCCCCUAUCUAUUAAAACACGACGAAGUCGUCACCUUAUUCCACGAACUAGGCCAUGCAAUCCACGACCUUGUGUCAAAGACCAUCUACUCGCAUUUCCACGGUACAGAGACAGAAGUGGAUUUUGGCGAAGCCCCAAGCCAGAUGUUGGAGAACUGGUGCUGGACACCAUCAGUAUUGCGGUCGUUAAGUAGACACUACUCAUAUUUUUCUUCGGAGUAUUUCGAUCACUGGAAAAGGAGAGUAGAUGGAGAACUUCAACCCCAAGAGCAAAUGCCUGAUGCGAUGAUUGAGAGCCUUCUCAGAGCUAAACACGUCAACGGUGCACUGUUCCAUCUACGUCAGGUACAUUUUGCUAUGUUUGAUAUGGUAGUCCACGACACUGGUGACCAUCGCGUGAUCGAGGAAUUAGAUAUCUCGGCGAAGUAUAAUAGCCUCUUGGCUGAAAUUUUACCGAUGGAUGGCCCGGAGGGUGACGACUGGGGCCAUGGUCAAACACGUUUUCAACACUUGCUGGGGGAAUAUGAUGCAGGGUAUUACAGUUAUUUAUUUUCAAAGGUCUAUUCCACAGAUAUGUUCUAUACCGUGUUCAAGGCCGACCCUAUGAACUCUCUGCAAGGCCGGAGAUACCGAUAUACGGUCCUUGAGAAGGGAGGGAGCCUGGAUGGGUUGACAAUUUUGACUGAUUUCUUGGGGCGCGAACCCCAGACAGAUGCGUUUUACAAGGAGCUUUGUCAAACUUGA